UUUACAGUAUUCAAUUCAAACUCAUGUAAUUGAGAGUUUUUUUUGGAAAAUAAACCAUAUGCAAAUAACAGUAAAAUUAUAUUUUUCAAUAGUUUUGAUUUCGUAGGCUUUUGCCCAUUAACUAUGUAUUAACAUACUCAUAUUUUAAAAAAAACCAAUGCGUACAAAUAAUCUCAAAGCCAUUGAAAUACACUAUAAAAUCUCCAUCUUGUAGCUGUUCCUAUGUAUAGUGUUAAACAAUACAAAAAUGAAGUAUUCUCAAAAAUGGAAGGACCUGAAGUGACAUUUUUAUUCCAAUUCGGCAAUCUUCGUGAUAUGGUAACUGUUCCGGUAUCAUCUAUUAAUUUGAGGUCUUUGAAGGAUUUGGCUUGUGAUUUCAUAAAUUCUAAA